CCUAAGGUUCGAAAGCUUGAGUAUAAACUUCUGUUUGUCUUGACUAUUAAACUUUAAAACUUUGAAGUUUGAGAAGCAUUUAAUCUAAUUUGAUUGCAAUUGCAAAUAAUUAAUGAAUGUGUAUGUAUUCGUGUGUUGUGUGUACUAUGCGCCGUAUCAUUGCAAUAUUCGGUACAGUUGAAGUACACUUGUUUAAAGAAUGAUAAAGAUGAUACGUGAUACUGAUAAGAAGAAAAACACAUAUAUUUCCUCUACGUAUAGACAGUGUACCUCUACGCUUUCGCUAUCGCCUGACAUUUUCAGUACUGGGAAAGCUAAAUAUUGGUAACAAAAUUCGAUACUUUAUUUAUAAGUAGUCGUAGUUCAAUCGCAAAGACUGUAUAAACUUUCUAGUCCAACGUUAAUGGAAGUCAAGUGUGAAUAAUGUGACCAAAAGAAUUCCGGUGUAAUGUAACGACGACAAGAAGCUGUAUAAUUUGACGUUACUUCAUUAAUAUGUGCCAUGCAGAACUGAAAGGUAUCCUGUGGAAGACAUGUCCGACUACUGGGAAGAAGCUGGAAUUCAAGCUAAGCAGGCUGAAGAGAAUGAAAUGCUAGGGAACUACGAUCUAGCUUUCACGAUGUAUAAAUCGGCCAUAGUUACUCUACUUGCCGGAGUGCAAGAAAGCGACGAUGUCGAACACCGUUUGCGAGUCAAACAAAAAACUGCUGAAUACAUGUUAAGGGCCGAAUGGAUUUUCAAUAAUCAUUUAGCCACUCAGACGCAUUUCUCAGUGCAAUCGAGAUUAUCUAUGAAAGUUCCCUGGCGUUCACGUUCUCAGCUAGACAGAUACAAAAUGACUGGUGUUUUCGAUAAUAUAUUGUUGGUUCACGAUAUUACAGACAACGCUUACGUCGUUAUUAAGGGUGUUCUAAAGUCCAGCAGUCCUAUAGAUCGCAGCGAGACUAGCGUUUUACCCACCAAUGUGCCAUAUAUGGUCAAGUUAUUUGCAUUGCAUGAAACCGAUACGACGGUGUUUUUCGUUCUCGAACACGUUAGGUAUGGCAAAUUGUGGAACCACCUGGAACAUUAUUUUUCGCCGCAUUCGGUGGCUGAGAAUCUGGAGACUGAGCUGACAUCUUGCACCGCUAUGCAGGAGAAUGCAAACGAUAGCAGUGAAGAAGACGACAGUUUGAUGAAUUCCAAUUAUUCGUCCAACAAUGGCGACGAUGAUGACGACGAUAUCAGUUUAUCUAGGCUGGAGUCGAGCGGAUACACCAACACUCAGUCUUGCGAAUCGCUGAGCAGCCACGAUGAAAAUUAUUUCGAUUUGAUCGAAGAUUUUGCCAGAGCUAAAGUACAAAAGCUGAAGGAGAUUCAGGACUUCAACGAAAGACGCCAGUGCAUUGAAACGCUUAGACCGGUGAAGAAAACAGUAUCGCAGGUGGACUUGAAAACAUUGGAUGAUAGCCCGGAGCAAUGCCGAUCUCACUCGUUGACCAACUUGACUUACAAUAAUGAUGGCGAAGAUGGCGGCGUUCUCGGGUACCCUGAAGACUUGAACAGAGACGUGGGUGGCGAUGUUCGAUUGUACAGGUCGAGUAGCAUGUCUCACGAUGUCCUCCGCGAUUCUGAUCCCUAUUCGUACUCGAGCUUGUUCAACGUUCAAAACGAAGAAUUUUCCAAAAGUUCGCUAGAUGUGGUUGACACGCAACAGUUACUGCAGAACGCUCAAAAGCUUAUCGAUUCCAUCAACGAGACGUUAGCGAAGAGCGAAGCUGUAUGCGUCGUUGAUCAGAAACCAUCAUCUGUCGCCCCUGUUUGCGAUGGAAACGAUGAAGUGAUUGUGAAAUCAUUGCGGGCCGACGUUCGAGCGAAAUCAAGUUCGGCCCGUAAAAAUUUGCAAACGCCAUCUACGCCAUCGUCUCUUCCGAUUCAGUGCGAUAGUCUUACUGCCAGCAUUAGUUCGCUCGUAUCCGCCAAUAAGGAUUGCAAUGUUUGUUAUUCUCCCAUGUCGACGAUGUCUUUUUCUGUACCUUCGAUUACGGAAGACUACAGCGUAACGGCACUCCUGCAGACCAAAGGCAUUACCAAAGAUUUGAUCAGAAAAUGGGCGACUGAGAUUUUGAUCGCGUUGGAUGUGUUACAUCAAAAUGGAAUCAUUUGCCGAGAUUUAAAUCCGACUAAUAUUCUAUUAUCGGAUGACGGCUCGGUCAAACUUACUUAUUUCUUCCAAUAUCCCAACGUCGAACGUUCCAUCAAUGUGUAUGCUAAAGAAAGGCUCUAUGUAGCACCGGAGGUUCUUACUUUACAUUCCGAUAUCACAUUCGCUUCGGAUUGGUGGAGUUUUGGAGCCAUACUGUUUGAACUGAUCACUCUGCAGACUCUGUAUGAUUCCCAUCCGGGAGGUAUUCAUAGCCAUACAACGAUCAACUUUCCGGAAGGCGUACCUCUUGAAGCUCGCACUCUUCUCAACGAGCUGUUACGUUAUAAUCCGAAUGAAAGAUUGGGCUCCGGAAUAUGCGGCGCCGAUGAUAUAAAGGCGCAUCCUUUUUUCAAUUGUGCAAAUUGGCAGGAUACUUAAGUUAAUAAUGCUGAAAUGAAACGGAAAUUUCGUUCGCUUUUUGAAUAUUCGUUCAUUAUUCUUUCUUGUGUCUCGUGCGCGUGCGCAUGAACGCGCGUCUUGUUAAAUAAAUUUUGUUGAAUCUA